CACCCUGGGCCUUUGCAUAAUCCUGCGGCUUCGCCACCCUGAGCGGCUGCCGGGCACCCCAGCCCAGCCAUGGCAGCGUCCCUGGCCCCCUCCCAGCAGCGGCGGCCCCCCCUCUUGCGCCAGGCCAUCAAGAUAAGGCGCCGCAGGGCCCGUGACCUGCAGGACCCCUCACCUCAAAGGGCUCCCGAGAUCCAACCGCCAUCUCACCACCUCUCCUCUGAGGAGCGGGAGCUGCUCUACGAGGAAGCCGUGUACAGUGUCCUCCACCGCCUGGGUCAGCCUGACCCCCAACACGUCCCCCAGGCCUCCCAGCUGCUGCACUACCUGCAGGAGGCCUUUCACCUGGAGCCUGAGGAGCACCAGCAGAAGCUGCAGGCAGUGCAGGAGCUGGAGAAGCCAAUUUUCUGCCUGAAAGCCACGGUCAAGCAGGCCAAAGGCAUUCUGGGCAAGGAUGUCAGUGGCUUCAGCGACCCCUAUUGCUUGCUGGGCAUCGAGCAGGGCCUGAAUGCACCAUCGGGGGGCAGCCCUGGCACACGGCGCCGGCAGAAGGCCGUGGUCCGGCACACAAUCCCAGAGGAGAAUACCCAUCGCACCCAGGUCAUCAGCCAGACCCUCAACCCCGUGUGGGAGGAGACCUUCAUCCUGGAGUUUGAGGACAUAAACACCUCAAGUUUCCACCUGGACAUGUGGGACCUGGACACGGUGGAGUCAGUCAGACAGAAGUUGGGCGAGCUAACAGACCUGCACGGACUGCGCAGGAUGUUCAAGGAGGCCCGGAAGGACAGAGGCCAGGAUGACUUCCUGGGGAACGUGGUUCUCAGGCUACAGGACCUGCAUUGCCGAGAGGACCAAUGGUACCCUCUGGAGCCACGCACAGAGACCUACCCGGACCGUGGCCAGUGCCACCUCCAGUUCCAGCUCAUCCACAAGAAGAGAGCCACUGCAGCCAGCCGCUCCCAGCCCAGCUACCUGGUGCAUCUCCACCUACUUCAGCAGCUGGUGUCCCAUGAGGUCACGCAACACCAGGCGGGCAGUACCUCCUGGGAUGGAUCGCUGAGCGCCGAAGCCACCACCAUCUUGUACCUGCAUGCGACCCAGAAAGACCUGUCUGACUUCCACCAGUCCAUGGCGCAGUGGCUGGCCUACAGCCGGCUGUACCAGAGCCUGGAGUUCCCCAGCGGCUGCCUCCUGCACCCCAUCACCAGCAUGGAGUACCAGUGGAUCCAGGGCCGGCUCAAGGCGGAGCAGCUGGAGGAACUGGCCACCUCGUUCAGCUCGCUGCUGGCCUAUGGCCUGUCUCUCAUCCGGAGGUUCCGGUCCGUCUUCCCUCUCUCGGUCUCAGACUCCCCGGCACGGCUUCAGUCUCUCCUUAGGGUGCUGGUGCAGAUGUGCAAGAUGAAGGCCUUUGGAGAGCUGUGCCCCGACAGUGCGCCCCUGCCCCACCUGGUCACUGAGGCCCUGCGGAUUGGCACCAUCGAAUGGUUCCACCUGAAGCAGGAGCAACACCAGCCCAUGGUGCAGGAUGUGUUGGAGGAAGGCAAAGCCUUGUUGGGUUUGGUGCAAGAUGUGGCCGGGGACCUGCAUCAGUGCCUGCGCAUAUGGAACAAAAUCUUCCACAACGUCCUCAAGAUCAACCUUUUCUCCAUCGCUUUCCUGGAGCUCCAGUGGCUGGUGGCCAAACGGGUACAGGAGCACACAGAGGCGAUGGGCAGCCCCAUGUCCCCGGAGAUGGGUGAGAAUCUCUUCCAGCUCUACAUCAGCCUCAAAGAGCUGUGCCAGCUGAGCCCAGAGGAUGGAGUCUCAGUCUCAGCCCUGGACGGCUUUCACCGCUGGUUCCAGCCCGCCAUUCCUUCCUGGUUGCAGAAAACCUACAGUGUGGCUCUGGCUCGAGUGCAGCGUGCGGUGCAAAUGGACCAGCUGGUGCCUCUGGGUGAACUGAUCAAGCACAGCACCUCGGCCGUGGACCUGUCCAUCUGCUUCACCCAGAUCAGUCACACUGCCCAGCAGCUGGACUGGCCAGACCCGGAAGUGGCCUUCAUGAUCACUGUCAAAUUCGUAGAGGACACAUGCAGGCUGGCUCUGGUGUACUGCAGCCUGAUAAAGGCCCGGGCUCGGGAACUCUCUGCAAACCAGAAGGACCAGGGCCAGGCAGCGGACAUGCUGUGCGUGGUGGUGAAUGACAUGGAGCAGUUGCGGCUGGUGAUCGGCAAACUGCCCACGCAGCUGGCCUGGGAGGCCCUGGAGCAGCGGGUCGGGGCCGUGCUGGAGCAGGGCCAGCUGCAGAACACGCUGCAUGCCCAGUUGCAGGGAGCGCUGGCUGGGCUCAACCACGAGAUCCGCACUGGCGUCCGCACCCUGGCGGAGCAGCUAGAGGCAGGCAUUGCCAUGCACAUCCGGAAGUUGGUGGGCGUCGGGGAGUCCGUCCUGCCUGAGGAUGCCAUUAUGCCCCUGAUGAAGUUCCUGGAGCUAAAGCUAUGCUACAUGAACUCCAACUUGGUACAGGAGAACUUCAGCAGCCUCCUGACCCUGCUCUGGACUCACACACUAUCAGUGCUGGUGGAGGCAGCCGCUUCCCAGCGCAGCUGCCCCCUGGCCUCGAGCAGGCUGAAGUUUGCACUGCAGAGCUUGGAGAUUUGCUUCUAUGCAGAGGGCUGUGGCCUGCCGCCUGAGGCGCUCCACACGGAUACCUUCCAGGUCCUGCAGGCGGACCUGGAGCUGCAGGCGGCCUCCAGUCGGGAGCUCAUCCAGAAGUACUUCUGCAGCCGCAUCCAGCAGCAAGAAGAGACCAUCUCGGAAGACCUAGGGGCGGUCACGGUCAAGGCCUCCUACCGAGUCUCAGAGCAGAAGCUGCAUGUGGAGCUGCUGAGUGCGUCCAACCUGAAGCCCCUGGACAGCAACGGUACCAGUGACCCCUUCGUACAGCUGACCUUGGAGCCCAGGCACGAGUUUCCUGAACUGGCCCCCCGGGAGACGCAGACUCAUAAGAAGGACCUUCACCCGCUGUUUGAUGAGAACUUUGAGUUCCUGGUGCCUGCCGAGCCAUGCCAGAAGGCAGGCGCAUGCCUGAUGCUCACCGUGCUGGACCACGACACGCUGGGCAAAGAUGACCUGGAAGGAGAGGCCUUCCUGCCUCUGGCCUCGGUGCCGGGCCUGGCCGGGCCCCACGAGCCUGGGGAGGUGCCACAGACCCGUCUACCCCUCACCUACCCUGCCGCCAAUGGGGAUCCCAUCCUGCAGCUCCUGGAAAGCCGGAAAGGUGAUCGAGAGGCCCAGGCGUUCGUGAAGCUGCGACGGCAGCGGGCCAGACAGGCCUCUCAGCAUGUCCCGCAGCCAGGGCGGUAGCAGUCCGGAGGAGCUGGGCUGGGUGGCUGAUGAGGUGGGCUGGGGUGGGCCCCCUACUGCAGGAGGGCCUUCAGUCUGGCUUGACACUAGGGGGUGCUUCAGCAGGUGGAACCCUAAGGAGAGUGCCCCUCUUCUGUCCAAUCUGG